AAGGUUUUCCAGUUACCAUUUUUGUUGCAGAGACUGUGCAGUUGAUCCAACUUGUGUGCUCUGUAUGGACUGCUUCCAGAAUAGCAUUCACAAGAACCACCGGUACAAGAUGCAUAGCUCCACUGGAGGCGGAUUUUGUGACUGUGGGGAUACAGAGGCAUGGAAGGCUGGACCGCUGUGUACUAAACAUGAGCCUGGAGCAUCAGGUUCUGCAAAAGAAAAUUCUGAAUGUCAGUUGAAUGAAGAAAUUAUGGAUCACUCUAGGAAGUUGUUUCCCUCUGUGAUAAAAUACAUUGUAGAUAUGCUUAUAUGGGAAGAAGAGAAGGAACUGCCUCCGGAGCUCACAAUUAGUAGAGAGAAGGUAGACAGCUACUACUGUGUCCUUUUCAAUGAUGAACAUCAUUCUUACGAUCAUGUCAUCUAUAGCCUGCAAAGGGCACUUGCCUGUGAACUUGGUGAAGCCCAGUUGCAUACUACUGCCAUAGAUAAAGAGGGUCGUAGAGCUGUUAAGGCAGGACAGUAUGCCGCUUGUCAGAAAGCAAAAGAAGAAAUCAAGAGGCAUUCUGAAAACGUUUCUCAACGACCACUUCAUGUGGAGGUUCUGCAUGCUGAUGUUAUGGCUCACCAGAAGUUUGCCUUGCGUCUUGGUUCUUGGCUGAACAAACUCAUGAGCUAUUCAAGUGACUUUCGCCAGAUCUUUUGUCAAAUAUGUCUCAAAGAAGAAGCUGGAUCUGAAAAGCCGUGCUUCAUAAGCAAGUUGAUGCUAUGGGAUGCAAAACUUCAUAAAGGGGCAAGGAAGGUUCUUCAUGAACUUAUCUUCACUAGUUUUUUCAUGGAAAUGGAAUACAAAAAACUUUUUGCUGUGGAAUUUGUGAAGUAUUACAAGGCAUUGCAAAAAGAGUACAUCAGUGAUGAUCAUGACAGAGUUCUCUCUGUGACAGCACUCUCAGUUCAGAUGUUCACUGUACCUACUCUGGCCCGACAUCUUAUUGAAGAGCAAAAUGUAAUCACCACCAUUACAGAGACACUCCUAGAAGUGCUUCCAGAGUACCUAGACAAAAAUGACAAGUUCAACUUCCAAGGUUAUAGUCAGGACAAACUGAACCGAGUAUAUGCAGUAAUAUAUGACCUCAGGUAUGUCUUAGUCAGCAAGCCUACGUUAUGGACAGACCGUCUGAGGGAGCGGUUUUUAGACGGAUUUGUUUCUUUCCUAAGGAUUCUAACUUGCAUGCAGGGAAUGGAGGAGAUAAAAAGACAGAUUGGUCAGCACAUUGAGGUGGAUCCUGACUGGGAAGCAGCUAUUGCUAUACAGAUGCAACUCAAGAACAUUCUUUUGAUGUUCCAGGAGUGGUGUGCCUGUGAUGAAGAGCUGUUGCUCAGGGCCUACAGGGAAUGUCAUAAAGCUGUUAUGAGGUGCAGCACAAAUGGCCGCUCACGGGAAAAGACAGUGUUUCACUUGUGUGGCCAUACCCUGGAGAGCAGACCUUACAGAGUGUCUGCAGAUCCUGUCAGCAUACAUUUACCGCUGUCUAGGACUCUUGCUGGUCUUCAUGUACGAUUAAGCAAGACUGGAACCAUCUCAAGAUUACAUGAGUUUGUUUCUCCUGAAGAAUUUCAAGUGGAGCUGCUAGUAGAAUAUCCUUUGCGAUGUCUUGUCUUGGUUGCUCAGGUGGCUGCAGAGAUGUGGAGAAGGAAUGGGCUCUCCUUGAUAAGUCAGGUGUUCUAUUACCAAGAUGUUAAAUGCAGAGAAGAGAUGUAUGAUAAAGACAUCAUCAUGCUCCAGAUAGGUGCAUCUCUUAUGGAUCCAAACCAGUUCCUCCUCCUGAUACUGCAGAGAUAUGAGCUUGCUGAUGCUUUCAAAAAGAUAAAGCCCACCAAAGAUCAGGAUUUGAUCAAACAAUGUAAUGUGUUAAUAGAAGAGAUGCUACAGAUUCUCAUCUAUGUUGUGGGGGAAAGAUAUGUGCCUGGAGUGAGUAAUGUGACAAAAGAAGAUGUUACCAUAAGAGAAAUCAUCCAUCUGUUAUGUAUUGAACCAAUGGCUCACAGUGCAAUUACCAAGUCAUUGCCUGAAAAU